GCAGGGGCGGGCGGGGGCGCCGGCGGCGCGGCUCCCGCCUGCCGGCCCGGGGCCAGCCGCGCUCUCCUGGAUCCGGGGAGGCGCCGAGGCGGGCUCAUCCUGCGCCGUGCCCGGCGCCGCUCGCUGCCUCCCCGCCCGCUUCCCCUCAGGGCUCCCCGCCCACGAGACGGGAGCCCGCCGCGCAGGGGGAAGCCGGCAGGGCAGAGCGGCGGCACUGCCCGGCGGAGCAUCAUGCUGGAGUCCAUCUGUGUCACCGAAAAACUUCACUGGCCUAAGACAGAGCUUUCUAGGAAAUCAAUCCUGAGUCUGGAAGUAGAUAAGCUGAACAUUAAUAAUGAAAACAGCCUCCAGCAUCCACCUUCUGGGAUCCUUAAGGACAUUUUCACGACAGGAACCAGUAGCUACAAUGUCCUUCUGCAGAGCAAGGAGGAGAAAAAACACCACGCUCAAAAGCAGUCAUCUGCUCACCACAAGAAACACAGGAAAACCUCCAAGUGUUCUACCACCUUGCGAAGCAACGAGCACCGCAAAGUCAAAGCCCCGCUGCCCUUGCUCAGCAGUGGGUGGUACUGCACAAACAGGCAGCCCUCCAUCAUCGUCACUAGCCCAGUGGCUACCAGUGUGAAGUUUACAAACAGUAUUUCAGUUGCAGGGAGCAGCAUGGGACUGCCACCUCGACCCAGAAGUAGAACUAAGAGGCAUUUUAAUCUGACAAAGCCAAAGCAAUCCCAGUCCUCAAAAAGCAAGGGAAAAGAAGGCGAUGUGUCUGGCCAAAAACUCUGUUUGCUAACUGCAAUCAAGCCCUCCAAUGUGGAGAAAGAGAAGAUUAAAUUCUUCAACUCAGAUUUCACAUACAAUCCUCAAUUUGAAUAUGAAAACCCUGCUCUGCCAAAUGUGUUAGCUAAGCACAGCCAUGCAUCUGACAGAUUUCUUAAGCAGUCCAUCAACAUUAUGGAGCGAACAUUGCAGAAAUAUGGAAGCUAUGAAAAAUUUGAACAGGCCACUGGAGGCAGCUUGCUGACCAAAAGUCGCAUCUGGAAUCGUGUCAGGAAAUACAUGGUGAAAGAAGGCUGUCUUGGUGAGAUUGUGGUCCAUCUCACGGAGGACCUGCUAUCCCGAGCCUCAAUGACAGUGGUGAAUGGCCGCCCCACUCUCACUAUCAAUAUCUCCACUGCACGAGAGCACUGGCUGGAAGGGAUGCUGAGACACGAAAUUGGAACUCAUUAUUUUCGUGGUUUUAACAACAACAGCCAGCCUUGGUGCAACCGGAAUGGACGUAGAAAACAUGGGUUAAAACCAAUCAACCCUACAGAAGAGGGGCUGGCGAGCAUUCACAGUGUACUGUUCCGCAAAGACCCUUUUCUUUGGAGAGCUGCCCUGCUCUACUACACAGUGUAUCAAGCCAGCCAAAUGUCCUUCAGUCGGCUUUUCCAGGACGUGGGAAAAUUUGUCAAAGACCCCAGUACUAGAUGGGAUUACUGCGUACGAGCCAAGAGAGGGUGGACUGACACAUCACAACCAGGCUGUUUCAAUAAGGAUCAGGUGUACUUGGAUGGCAUCCUCCGAAUCCUGAGAUACAGGGAGUCCAUUGAUUUCUAUCUUCUGACAGCCCUUGGAAAGAUCUCAUAUGAGGAUGUGGAUCGCCUGAAAGGAUUAGCUGUGAUUGAGAACAUGAGGGUGCCCCACUUUUUGCAAGACCAUGCCCGGUAUAUGGAGCACUUGGAAAAGAUCAUGGAAGUCAAUGAACUGACCGAUGAGGAGCUCCAGGAUCUCAUAAAUUAACAGUAGUAGCCCACCUUUCACUUACAUUGUGAGGAGGUAGAACCGAUCUUCCCUGACCUUGCAAAAAUGGACUUGCGAGGAGUGGAAGGGAAGGGUGGCCAGAAUAUGUGGAAUUCAGGAAAAGCUCUGUUAUGUUCCUUUUGCAUCGUGAUUGUAUACUGAUUAGUUUUUAAAGGGAUUGUGCAUUUUUUUUUAAAUUUGGCUUAGAAAUUCCUCUGCAGUGAUCUGUCCAAUCAUUUAUUCUGUUUUGUAUGCUAGGUAUAGUGUUUGGUGCUGUCUCUUGUAAUAUACUGUCUUUUCCCACCCAGGUUUAGAGGUGGAAGAAAGGAGAAGGAAGAGAAAUUCCCCUUUAGUUCACUUGUGUUUGCCUUAUCUUUGGUCAUAGCCUUCACAGUUCAUAGAACAACCUACAACAGUUCUAUUGCUGCAUUGUUGUCUGCAUAACUUUCCCAUUUAGUCAUCAUUGCAAUGAAAACAGAAAGUUUAAAAACGGUGCACAGAAGCAGGUCUUUGUGCCACAGGAUCAGAGCUCUGUAAUGUUAUAAAACAAUUUGGAGUUUUUUUGGUGAGAGAAUAAGCAUUUUAAAAAGAGAAAAAAGAUAGGUAUUGCUGUUUCAAUGACUGUAAGCAGGUAGCAAAGUUAUUUCCCUUUAUUCCCUCAAAAAGAUACACUGUUCCACAUCUUUAUCUGUAAAGUAGUGUUUCAGGAAGCUAAAUUCUGGAAAGGGUCUGCCUCCUCUGAGGACAAGCAUAGCAUGUCUAGGAAGUUCAACAUGGGAGUGUUUUGGAAGAAGAAUCAAGCAGAACUGUGAUUUCAUGACUUAUGUGUUCUAAAUAAAUUCAGGAACACAGGGCCAUGUUUCAGGACGGUGGGCAACAUUUACUUUUUCUCUGGGUCACCUGAGCCUACAGAGGAUCAAUUCGUAUUUUUGAGCAGUACCUCCAUGCUACAGCAAGCUUGAGCUUGCAGAGCUUGUUCAAGAAACAAGAUGUGACAGGGGGAGGAAAAGAAGACUCAUAAGUGCCCUAUUCCUGUGUUCCAACAGAAGUGCUGCACCACUCUGAAGCAACUUUACCUCUGUGUUAACUCUCGGUGCUAUAUCCAGGACCAAGAAGAGAAAGCUCCUUACUGUAAGGCUUUCUCUAGUCACAUGAUAAAUAGCUUAGAUGAUGCAGGAGGACUUACUACAUAAACUACAUUUUCUGAUUCCAGAGUAUUAUGGAAUUGUCAAGGCAAAUUGAGUUUUGCACCUCUAAGUAUUCUGACAAAGGGUUUUGUUUCAGUAGACAGAAUUUUACCAGGGCUCCUCUCAAUUCCCAGGAAGCAGCUGUGGGAGGAGAGGCUGGGCAGGAACUACUGGGAGCCUUGGACAGGGCUUCUGCCCUUUUUUCCCUUCUGCCUUGGCUCACUGGUAAGAGGUCUGGCAUGGGAUAAGGUGAGCAGAUGGAUCCAAGGUUUCCUCUGUGCCACAUUUGCAUGGACCUGAGCCAUGGCAUCCUGUUCUUUAAAGAAACAAAUGGAAUAACCCUCCUGUCUUAUUUUACACCCAGGACAUUACCAGCCAUGACAGUAAAGUCUCGAGAACACAUUUUCUGAUUUAUAGGAAAAUCUGUGAGGAAAAGCUCUCAGUUGGCUAAGAGGUCUGAAGGUUUAUGAAUAAUCCUGUAAAGGUAGCUGCCUUUCAGAUACUAUUGCAGGUGUGUUUGUAGUGGCUGGCUGGCUGACUGCUGCAAAAAAAGAAAAUGCAUUCAAUGAUCAUAGAUUUACUAAAUUUAGUUAUUUUCAAGUCAGGGCUCAAGAACUGCUUGCAGCAGCCUUAAUUUUGUGUUGUCAGUAUUGUUCAGCAGCUGAAAGCCUUUCAGCCUCUGUAUUCUGAAAUAAAAGCCCUAUUUUCUCUCUUCCUCUCCUUCAGGCUGUCUAGUUUGAUCACUGGUGACUUCGCCUGCCCAGCUUUGUUUUAGAGCUGUGCAGAGUAGAAACUGUGUUGCAGCAGCCUGACAGGACCCAUUAGCACACCCACCUGCUCCAGGUUUUGGCUCCUUUGCCAGAAACAGCAAGAAAGCCCCACGUGGCUGAAGUUGAGCCAAAGAUUGCAGUCAAAAGCUGUCUUUGGAGUAAACUGGGCAGAGAUGAUUUGAGCUACACCAUGGAAGAAUCUGGCUCACUUUUCUGACCCAGAGUUAUGCAAAAGAGACAGUCCUUUAUGAAAGGGACAAUUUUGAACUGAUUUUAUUCUUACAGGAAAGAUCCCUGCCUUCCUCCAGUGACUUCUACAUAAGCAAAGUGCUUUUCCUCCUCCUGCAGUAGCAGUGUCUUAUAAUCUAAGUGCACAUGCAUACUGUGUUCUCAAAACCAGGAGGCUGUACUAGUCACCCUACUUUGCCACAAAAUGCCAUUCCUACAGCCCUUUGUCCAACAGCCACUUGACUCCUUUACCACUCUGUAGCCCUGAACACUACUACAGGCCUUUUUUGCUUUACUUGAAGACUGGCAUCAUCUUUCUUUCAAAGCAGUGGGUGCCAUUAAACUUCCAUUCUUCAUUUUUCUAGAAAUAGAUUUGCCUGGUGCAAGUUUGAAGUCUGGAAGUGGUCAAGAUCAAUAUGUAGCAAUAGGUGAAGCUGUCAGCUUCUGUUUUCAGCAUCAGAUUUGUAGUUACUCCUUUGUAAAAGUGUUUCAAAUUUUGAAGUGUAGCUUUUGUAAAUUUUUCUGAAUUUUUGUUUUUCACUGUGAAGAGGCUGGUUACUAAGUUGUGAUACCGGAGUUCUGUGAUAGAGUGUGUGGACAGCAGUGCACGAGAGCUCAUGUCACUAUAUAGUUCCAUGAUGUCAGUGAUGUGUCGACAGCCUUUCCUAGAGGUCUGGCUUGGUUGCUUUGCUGUGUAUCUACAUUAUUCCUGUAGAGAAACCUGGUCAACAUUGGAAAAGCCUCUCAGUUUCACCAUACCAAUUUUAAAAGGCAUUUUAUACAACUUUUACAAAUAAAGAAAAAUGAAAGAA